CACCAAAGAUAAAUCAACUGUUUAUUUCUAAUGUUUUUUCGCUUUGAAAAGGAGGCAACUAGUCAAUGCGUCUGCUAGCAGGUGAGUCGAAUGACGCGCCACUGCAAGUAUCAUGUAACGAAGUAUUCGUGAGCUGAUUAGAGCCAGUCAGGUAUUGUGGACAGCAUUUUUUCGACGUUAAAAAUAUGUCAUCUCUUAGAUUUACUUCGAACCUUUCUAAAGAAGAAAGCAACAAUAUAGUAUUUUGUCUCUUAAACAAACUUUCUUAUCUGCGCCUUUUGAUUGUAUUUCUCUACUCUUUUGCGAUUUUAAUUAUCAGAUGUUGUGUGAACUAUUUGUUUUUAAUUUUAAGCGUGAUUUUUGGACGUCCGCCAAGCGUCAUAUUUAUCUCAGAUCCAUACUUAUUCGUAAAUCUCAUUUUGCACAUUUAAGCUUUCUCGUGUCUUUAUUUGCGGUCUGUCCCUAUUGCCAGUUUAUCUAAUAUCAUCUGGAUGAUUGAUGUAUAGCGCAUAAUGAAGUGUAUGAAGUUUAAAAACAUUGCAGUUGGUGAUGAUGUAUUUUGGGGAAUGAGUGAAUGCUGGCUGGUCUGAAUACUUUAGAAGCCUUUUGUAGUGUGACCAUAUAUAGUUGUAGCAUAUUGAACAUGGGUUGUUACCAAACCAUCUUUAGAAGCAAGAAAGUAAUUUCUUGAAGCCAUACUAUAACCCAAGAACAAGAGUAGUGUCUUUUUCUCUUCUCCAUUGAGUACUGUAUGAAAUGUUGCACAAACUGUAAUGUUUCACAAUAACAGUGUUGAAAACACAUAAAAUUUUAUCAUACUUCUGCUGAUGCAGACCUUUGCAACUGUCCUUACUCUUCUUAAUUGGUCACUAGGACUCAUGAAUACAUUUUAAAUGCUAGCCAGUGUACAAUCAACUGUUAUAUACCUUAAAUAGCUUGUGCUUAUAGUCUCUGAAAAAUUGUGUCAAAUGUCAGCUGUAUAACAACUUUUGGAACUAUAAGAAUGUUUAAUGAAGUUAGGAGUGUUAAGAGUAAUUUAGCUUAGACAUGAAACCGUUCGUGUGGAAGUAGUGUGGAAAAAUGUGGAACAUGGCAUGUAGCUGUCUGGAAGACUAAAAGUGGAGUAGGAGAAUCAUUUUAAUGUUAAGUGGUUUUGGGGGUAGGGACGGAGGUUAGAAAGGUAUCAAUAAAUAUGGAUAUUUUUUAAACUGGCAUGGGAAAAUGUUAGAAUAUAAGUGACCCUAGAGAUCACAAGAGAGAACCUUACAAGAAUGUCAUAAAAUCAAGGGGCAAAGGCAGCAGAAGAAAAGGGCAUUAUGACAAUUGGAGAACUACCGGAAAUGGAGAAUGUCACAGCAAAACCAGAAGGCUAGCCAUCUCUUUACGCUUAGCCCCAGUUAGCAGAACAGUCAUCUCUACUGCUUAUCAGCAUAAAUAACUGCUAUUUCAAGUUAUCCUUGUGCAAUUAUCUGGUCAAUCCCCAAGCCUCAUUGGUUAUAAUGCUUGACCCUGUACAGUGGCUUUUGGUCACUCUUGUGUUGAGUAUUCUUUUGCUUGUUUUUUACAACUGGAUGCGUACAGUCCCCAGAUACAAUGGAAAUGAAGACUUAUCUGGAAAAACCUGUGUUGUCACAGGUGCCAAUGCAGGUAUUGGUUUUACGACAGCUUUAGAGUUUGCAAAACGAAAUGCUCGUGUCAUACUUGCCUGUCGAAACAAAGAGAGAGCAGAAGAAGCAAGAGACAAAAUUAUUCAAAAAACUGGAAAUUCAAAUGUAGUUUUUCAAGAACUUGAUCUCACACGGAUAAAGUCUGUUCGUAAGUUUGUUGAAAGGAUCAUACAAGAGGAAGAAAGACUUGACAUUCUGGUCAACAAUGCUGGUGUUAUUGGUCUGCCUAACAAAACAACUGAGGAUGGUCUGGAACCAAACUUUGCAACAAAUCAUUUUGGACCAUUUCUUUUAACAAAUCUCUUGCUUGAGCUUUUGAAAAAGUCUGCCCCAGCAAGAGUUAUCAAUGUAUCUUCAACAGUGCAGAGCUUUGGGAAGAUUGAGUUUGACAAUCUAAGAGCAGAGAAGUCUUUUAGUGCUGGCAGGAUUUACUUUAACUCUAAGCUGGCUAAUGUUCUUUUUACUCGAGAACUGGCCAAGCGCUUGAAGGGUACAGGAGUGGUAGCUGUGUGUUUACAUCCUGGAUCUGUUCAGACAGACCUGCUUGCUAACAUGCCAUUUUUUAUUCAAAUUCCAAUGAGACUGUUCAGAAUAUUUUUACGGACCCAAGAGGAAGGAGCUCAAACAACUCUCUACUGUGCUUUAGCCAGUGAAGUAAAGGACAUGUCUGGGAAGUAUUUUGCGGAGUGCGAGCUGGCUGAGGACAAGGUGAACCCUCUUGCUAAUGACCCUGACAUAUGCCAGAAACUGUGGGAACUUAGCUCCCAGUACACUGGUCUUCAGGAAUAGACAGGAUUCUUAAAUACUGAUAUGCUGGUAAGGAGUUGCCCUUUGAAAAUAUUAAUACAUAGAUAUUGAAAAUCCUUUAUUUGCUCUUGAAAUUGAAAGGAUAUUUGCCAUGGAAUUUUAUUUGAGUUACUUUUUUUUAAGAGUGUAAUUUACAAGAUAUCUGAAGUAUUUAGGAAGGGGGGAAUUGUUGAGCAUAUGAUAACUUCAUGCAAAGGUCAGAUUGGUUUACAAAGACAACAGCAUGAAAUGGAUAGAAUUGUACUAAUUCAAAAAAUUGUAAUGUCUUUUUUUCAAUUAAUGGCAGAGUAAAUGAGUUACUAAAUCUGCUUUGCUUGCUAGAUUUAAUCCAGAAAUCAUGAUUUAUGCAUUAUGCAAGCAUAUGAUCAGUUGGGGUAGUUUGUUUUUGUAAAAUGUAUUUUGUUUUCUGGUUUUGUUUUUAGCUUUUGUGACUGGUUUGUGAUAAUUUGUAUUUUAUAAUAGUGUUUGUUGGUGAUAUGAAGCUAGCCUCUAGGGGGUAGGAAUUCCGCAAUUAUCCUGCUGAAGAAAAAACAAGAAGAUACUGUUCGCUUAUAAUUUAUCAUGCAAUUCUCUAAAAUCCCCAUUGUGCAGGGGAGACCACUUCUUCACAACAAGUUUGUUUUGACCAUCGCCUCUAUGUGUCCCCUUUUGUUGGUCCACCACAGCAUAUGGACCAGAGUGAAUCUAUUAGAGAUGGUGAAAGUAUUGCAAUAAUAUUAUAUUGUUUUUGUGAAAGUGGGACAUUUCUCCCUUAUCAUUUUCAUGAACUGUUUAGACUUAAAAAUUAGGGUUUAUUCAAGUGAAUGUGUGACUUGAACUGUUGAUAUCCAGGUAUUGACAUACCUAUCUAAAGUUGAUAUCUUUGUGACUAAUUAUUGCACAAGUGUUUUGGUUUUCACAUCUUUGGACUUUUUUUUCCCAAGAAAGUGAUAGCAUCUUAAUAUGUAUAUAUGCAUUUCAUUUGUUUGAGAUCAGGUAAAGAACUUCAAUACCAUACUUUGUAAAGUGCAUUGUUUAUGUGGAUGCAAGCUCAAUUCCCUGAAGUAGGUGAAAGAUUUGGUUUUUGCAUAUAUUUUAUUUUUUUAUAUUUACUUAUCAGAUAAGGCUUAAAUGUUCUCUGAUUACAUUUGCUGAGAAAGUUUACUGGAAAGGCAGAUGCUCUGAAGUGUUUUAAAAUAAAGCUAUUUAAAAGAAACCAUUUUACUUACCAAAGUAUUUUGGAGAGUUUUUCAUACUGUUACCUAUGUUUCAGUGCUGCCCUAUGCCAUAAUUUGGUUUAUUUUUGAAAAUACAUUUCUUGUUUGUUGUGUAAAUUUAUUAAAAUCAGUAUUAUUGUCAUUUUGCACAUAACAAGAUAGUGAAAUAAAUUCACGUCAUGUGUACUUUUUUUAAUAUAAACAUCUAUGUUUAUUUAUAAUCAGGUUGUUUAUAAUGAAGCAGUGUUUCUUUGGUAACUGGUUGUGUAUAAUUGUUCAUGUUGGGAGUGUUAUUUUACACUGAAACACACCAGCUAUUUGGCAUGUCUUCCAUAACAAUGUGCAGGGAUUUUUUAUAAUUAUUAUAUGCAUUAAAAGACUCAAUAACUUGUUAAACAUUUACAAAAAUUAUUAUUUAAGAGAAGAGGGAAAACCAUAAAACUUAAAGAUGUUUGCUGGAUUUUGGCCUAGUACAUAUUACUCUAUUUUGGGGUGAUGCUUGACUUUUAUGACAGGUUCCUGCAUUGUGCUAUUGUACAAUUAGUGUCAUUACUAUUUUUGUGCCAGUUUUCACUCACCUGUUUGCCAGAUAAACUGUUUGAUUACACAUCAAAUUAAAUACAUCAUUAAUGCUUAACAACUUAACAGACGGAAACCAUCUAGAAAUUAUGGGAUGAAGGUCUUUAUAUCAGCCCAUACAACUUUUUCAUUUUAGGCUCUUACAUAAUUCUCUUCUUAGCUGUAGAAGAUCAGGAAAGUGGGGAAAGGUUUGCUUAGCUGUCCUUACAUUUAUCUAAAUAAUCACUUUCAAAUUGCAGCAACAAAACAUCACAAACAAAUUUUUAAAAUAUAUGUAAUGUGAAAUUUCAACUGUUUCAUGCAGAUAACAGCAUAUGGAUAACUCAGGGAUUUCAAAGAUGAUAAUGGUGGUACUUCAAAAUGUGAAAGUAUCUAUUGUUGGUGAUCGGGCGGUCACAGGUGUAUGUAUGUUAUUUUUAAAUAUAACAUUAUUGAGCCAGUGGUGAUGUUGGCCAGGUCAGCGAUGGGAGUACUUGUUCUGCUGUUUUUCAGGUGUUUAUGUGGGUUGUGCUUGUGCCUGCCUUUAAUUUCAUGACAUACAGUUCAGCUUGCCAGGUACACUAGACUGCAAACUGAAUGUGUACUUAAAUUAUUGUCUCGGUGACUAAAAUCUGAGCACUUUGUGGUAGCCAUAUUUUUGGCUGGUAUAUUUAUUUCUUUAAGGCUCAAGCCCUGCUUACAUGAAAUGGCUUUAAGGUUAAAUGUCAGCAUUUAUGCUAUGUUUUAGUGAUAAGUUUCAUAGCUUUGAUGAGGAGACUGUACAAUGGCUGUUUAUGUUGAAUGGCACAAUUUGUUUUUUUCUUCUUUUUUUUUCUCAAAGCUACUAUUUGCAGCUAUGUUUCUUUUUAGUGAUUGAGACGUUUUCAUACAUCACAAAGUAUAAACCUCAAUAAAUUCAGGGAUGUUAUGCUUUUAAUUUGUUAACCAAAUGAAUUUGCUUGUUGGGCCAUUCCAUGAUAACGCUUACCUCAUUUCCAAUCCAUUUUCCAUUUUACACCUAGAGAAGUGCUUAGAUCAUUUUUAAAAAACCAAGCAAGAUAGUAUAAAAAAAAUGGAAGUUGCAUAAUAUGCCCUUUCAUGUUGAUAUAGCAGUCUGCAAGCUUCACCUCUCUUUUUUUUCUCUUUUUUUAAAAGAAAUCUUUUAAGGUUUAAUUUAAUGUCCUUUUUUCCUAGUCAUAAUUCUGCUGAAAAAGAACGAUGUAACAAUUAAACAAGUUUGAAGUAGUUUUUUGAUAUUUUAAGACACUGGACUUCAUCGCUUAUUUAUGCAUGUAGGUGUAUUUGUACGUUUGGAUUAACUUUUGAACAUGAAAAUGAUCUAGUUGUAUUUUUAUUUGUGACCAUGUUAAAAACAGGAAAGAACUUAAUCACCAAGGUAUUGCUAUGUUACAUUUAUUAUUUUGCUAGGAUUUUAGGAAGGCUAUUGGUUAUGAUUCCAUGACAUCACUUGAAUGUUUAAGUGUGUGCUAUUCUCAUUCUGCAAGAGGGUGGAUGGAAGGCAUUUGAUGUUGACUUUGUAGCUUGUAAACCUUCCAUAGUUUUUACACCACCACCAUUUUCUCAUCAGUUUUAUUUCACUGCAGUUUUGCAAAUUUCUUUUAGUUUCUUUUCAAUUCAGACUUUCCUAAGAUAGAUGGAGUUAGUCAAAGGGGUGUGUGAUUUUGAUAUGAUUUGACAAGGAAAAUCCUUUUGUUCCCUCUUUUAUUUAUAUGUAAGGGUCAGGGGAAGCUUGAGAUGGUCAUUUUUGGACUUGAUUUAAAUGUAUUUGAAUUUACAGGUUGUUACAGGUUUUUUCUUUUCUUUCACAUUUGUGGGCUAGUUGUGAUGUUGUAGUGGUUUUGUUGUGAACUCAAAUCCAAGAAUACAUACUUUACAAUUUCUUAUUAAAUAUAUAUCAAAAACUU